AUGGAGCCUACGAGUAAAUGUGUUGUUGGGACAAAAAUAUUUAUUAAACACAAAGAAAAGGUAUGGAUAAGCGCAGAAAUUAUAAAAGAAGAUACAGAUAUUGUUGUAAAAACUGAUGAUGAUGAAAUUGUGAAUUUAAAAGAAGGAGAUGAGUUUUUUCUUCGCAAUACAGAUAUAUUCAAUUCUAAUGGUUUGUCUGCGCCUCCAGAUUUAACAAAACUGACACAUCUCCAUGAAGCAUCAGUUUUGCAUAGUUUAAACAUUCGAUUUGAUAUUGAUGAAAUAUAUACAUUUACUGGUCCGAUACUUAUUGCAAUAAAUCCGUUUAAGAAUAUUAAAAAUUUAUAUUCAGAUAAUAUAUUAGAAAAACAUAUUCAGCCUAUAAAAUCCAAAAGCCCGCAUAUUUUUGCUACAUCUAAUAGUGCAUAUUUAGGAAUGUGCAAAAAUAAUAAAUCACAAACAAUAUUAAUAAGUGGUGAAUCAGGUGCUGGUAAAACAGAAUCAACAAAAUAUGUAAUGAAAUUUUUAGCAUGUGCAGGUUCUGAUAUAAAAAAAAGAUCUCUAAUAGAAUCACAGAUUUUGGAAAGUAACCCUUUAUUAGAAGCAUUUGGUAACUCCAAAACAUUAAGAAAUAAUAACUCUAGUCGUUUUGGAAAAUAUAUAGAACUACAUUUUGAUAUAUGUAAUAAUGGAUAUAUAAAAGGAAAACUAUAUGGUGCAAAAAUAUUGACUUAUCUUUUGGAGAAAGUUAGAGUAUGUGAUCAACAAGAAGGUGAAAGAAAUUAUCAUAUUUUUUAUCAGCUUUGUAGUGCUGUUCAAUAUUAUAAAAAUAAAAAGUUGAAUUUAGGAAAUGGUGAUAAUUAUGAUGAUGAAUAUUAUUAUUUCCCAUCUUGUGAUAAAUUCAAACAAAAAGAAAAUGUGAAACAAAUAAAAAUAGAUUUGAAACGAUUUAAGGAUCAUAUAAAUUUUCGAUAUUUAACAAAAUCAAGUGUUUACGAAUUAAAUGAUGUUAAUGAAUUGGAGGAAUUUGAAGCAACUGUGUAUGCUAUGCAAAUAGUAGGAAUAGAAGAAAAUGAACAAAAUCAGAUUUUUAAGAUUUUAGAAGGUAUAUUAUAUAUUGGUAAUAUAUUAUUUAAUAAUGAUGAUAACAAAGAAGAAUCAUGUAUUUUAGAAUCUACAUAUGAAGAUUUAAAUAAUGCGGCUUAUUUAUUAGAUAUAGAUGUAGAUACAUUAAAAGAUGCAUUAUGUUAUAAAACUAUAAUAGCUAAUAAUGAACAUUUCAAAAAACCAGUUACCUCAGCAAUGGCUAGUGAUAUACGUGAUGCUUUAGCUCGAGCAAUUUAUGGUUGUUUAUUUUUAAAAUUAGUAGAACGAACUAAUGAAUCAAUAGGAUUGAUAAAAGAUGUAAAUUUAUUUUGUGGUGUUUUAGAUAUAUUUGGUUUUGAAUCUUUUCCAGUAAAUUCUUUUGAGCAAUUAUGUAUUAAUUAUACAAAUGAAUGUUUACAAUAUUUUUUUAAUAAUUUUAUUUUUAAAUGUGAAGAAAAGUUAUAUAUAGAAGAAGGAAUAAAAUGGAGCUCAUUAGAUUUUCCAGAUAAUAAAGAUUGUGUAAAUAUAUUACAAAGCAAACCCUUUGGAAUAUUUUGUAUGCUUGAUGAAGAAAGCUUUAUACCUGGUGGUAAAGAUAAGACAUUUUGUAAUAAGAUUAUUUCAAAACAUGCUAAUAAUAAAAGAUUUGAAUCUAUAAAAACAGAUCCAAAUAGUUUUAUUAUUGUGCAUUUUGCUGGAAAAGUUAUGUAUAAUUCAUGUGGAUUCUUAGAAAAAAAUAAAGAUCAGCUUUCUGAUGAUGCACAAAAUGUUUUAUUACAAAGUCAGAAUGAAUAUAUACAUAAUUUAUUUAAAAAAUAUUUAAGAAGAAAUUUUGAAAAGAAAAGGUUUGUAACAGUUUCUAGUGAAUUUAAACAACAGUUAGAUGUAUUAAUGACACGAAUAAACCAAACAGAACCGCAUUUUAUUAGAUGCAUAAAACCGAAUUCGAAAAAUGUACCAGAUAUAUUUGAUAGACAUUCAGUUAAUGAACAAUUAAAAUAUGGUGGUGUAUUACAAGCUAUCAAAGUUAGUAGGGCUGGAUAUCCAGUUCGAUUAACUCACCAAAAUUGUAUAAAUGAAUAUUAUAUUUUAUUAACAAAGGAGGAAAAAACAGCUUUUAGUAAACAUUAUGGUGAUAAAUCGUUGUCUGAAAAAGCUAAUUAUAUUUUAUCUAAAUUAGAAAAUAGAGAUAAAAUACAAGAUUAUAUUAAAUCACUUAAACAUAUUAGACAAACACAAAAUCAAGAAAACAUAUUUUAUGGAUCUGUAUUAAAAAAACAAUAUUCUAAAAAUCCAAAUUUAAUAGAAAAAAAAAAUAUUACACAAUAUGAAAAUAAUUUAUCUAAUAAUGUAAUUGACAAUGAUAAAUUUAUAUGGUAUGUUGGUAAAACUUUAUCUUUUUUUAAAAUAGAAGCAUAUAAUAUUUUAUUAACUAUGAGACAAGACUUUCGAAGUUUAAAUGCAGUAAUAAUACAAAAAAAUUAUAAAUGUUACAUUGAAAAAAAAAAAUACAAAUUAUUAAAAAAAAAAAUUGUUACUAUACAAAGAUGGAUAAGAAAUAUAUUAAUUAUUUUAAAAAAAAAAAAAAUAAUAAUGAUAAAUGCACAAAAAUUAAUAUGUUCAUAUAUAUAUGCAUAUGCAUUAAGAAAAAUAUUUUUAUAUAAAAGAAAAUGUGCUAUUAUUAUUCAGUCAGCUUUUCGAGGAUAUUUAAUAAGACAAUCAUAUAAAGUAUAUAGAAAAAAUUAUUAUGCCAGUAAAAUACAAGCAAUAUGGAAAUCUAAAAAAGAAAGGAUUAGAUAUUUAAAAUUAAUAGAAUCGACAAAAAAAAUUCAAUUAAAAUGGAAAGGAAUAUUAGCUAGAAGACAAUUAAGAAGGCUGAAAGAUGAAGCAAAAGAAGUUGGUGCUUUACUUUCAAAAAAUCAGGUUUUAAUGAAUGAAUUGAAAAAUGAAAAAUCUGAAAAAAUUGAAAUUGAAAAUAAAUUGUUAAAAGCUUCUGCAAAUGCUCAGAAAUUAACAAAAAGAAUAGAAGUAUUAGAACAAAUUAAUAAAAAUAAUGAAGUUCUUAUAAAAAAUUUGAUAGAAAAAGUGGAAAACCUUUCAUUAAAACAGAAAGAAGAAAAUACAGAAAAAAAUAUAUCGAAUGAACAUAAAAAAUAUAUUAGUGAUAAUAAUGAAAUUAGUAGAAAACAAGAUUCUAUGUCAGAUCAGAAUUUAUCCAAACUUUUAGAUAAAAUAAAAAAAUUAGAGAUACAAAAUGAAGAAUAUAUAAAAAAAAAUACUUUACUAAAUGAACGAUACAAUAAAAUGUUGAAUAUAUUUUCUUAUUUUAAAGGAAAACAUAAUUUAAUUAAUGAAGCAAAUGAAAAAAAUAUCCCCAAUAAUGUAAAAAAAGAUCAAUUAAACAUGAUAAAUAGUAUUCUUUAUAAUGAAAUGUACGAACAAAAUUUUAUAAAAAAUCAAUCCCAUAUUAAUCAAACUCCAUCAGUUGUAAAAGAUAAAAAAGAAAUAUUUGAUAACAAUCUAACAGAGUUUAAAGAACAUCAAAAUUUAACAAAAGUUGGAAAUAAAACGCGAGAUAAUGUUAUAGACAUUCUAAUAUGUGGACCAAAAGGAGUAGGAAAGACAAGUUUGGUAGAAGACUUAUUUGUAAGGCUUGGGGAUGAAAAUAAUUUAAAUAUUUUGAGAAAAAAAAAUAAAAAAAAAGAAAUUGAUGGUAUUAAUCAUCCUAACUAUAAUACAUAUAUAGUUAAUCAUAAAUUAUCUCAAAUAAAAAUAGUAGAUUGUGGAUAUUCAGAUAAUACAAAUUCAGAAGAAAUUCUUUUUGAAUAUAUAAAGAAUUCAAUUUGUAUUAUUAUUGUAUUUGAUUCUACAAAUAAAGAAUCAAUAAUACCAGCUUUACAUCUAUUACAAGAAGCAUCACUUAUUAAUGUAAAAAAAAGUACAAAAUUGUAUUUAUUGGAAAAUAUUUUUAAUGAAAAAAUCAAUUUAAAUCCAAAUGUUAACGAUGUUUCGUAUGCACAAAAAGUUUCAAAAACAUGUAAUGCUACUUAUAUUCGAGCUUUAGAUAUUUACGACAUAUUAAAUGAUCAUGUAAAUAGAAUGACAACGAGUUCUACUUAUUUUUUAAAUAAUUUUAUAUCUGAAGAAAGUAUUUCAAAAGAUAUGUUUAUUAGUUCAAAGCAUUUUAAUACAUAUGAUAAUAAUAUAAUUGAAUAUUCAGAAACAGCUAAUUCUCGUUGGUUUCAAAAUGAAAAUAAUUAUAAACAAUAUAUUAAAAAUGGAAAUAAUCUCAUAUUUGAUAAAACAGAUGGAUAUUUUCAACAUUUUAACAAAUCUGAUAAAUUUCAAGAAGAUAAAAUAAAUUUAUUACAUCAUCAAAGUAGCACACAUUCAGUUAGGAACAUGCAAAAUACUAAAGAUAUGGAAAAUAAAAAUUUAAUUUAUCUAAAAAAUGAAAGUGAUAUUUAUCGAGAAAGUUAUGAUAAAUUUUCUACAAAAAAUGUUGGAAAAAAAAAACAAGUUAUUCAACUUUUAAGAGAAUCAUUACCACAUAAUAAUUAUGUUUAUAAUAGUAAAAAGUAUAAUCCUGAAUUGGGAAAAGGAUUACAGCCCGUUUAUGAAAUUAUGAUAAAAGGUAAUAUACCUAUCACAUAUUUAUGUAUAGGCCAAAAUUCAAUAAAUAAAAAUUAUACAAUAUUAGCAGUAGGGUGUAAAGAUGGAAUCAUAUAUAUAUAUAAAUGUUUUAGAACCAAAAUGGAACAAAGUGAUAGUUUUCAAACACGUGGUCAAGGAAAUGGAAUAGUAAACAAUUCCAGUCAUGAAGAAGAAGUUAUUAGAAAUCGAAAAAGAGGAAACUUAUCAAAUGAAGAAAUAAAUAAUAGUGAGCUAAGCACCCCUGAAGAAGAACAAGAUGAAAAUAAUACAAUUGAAUAUAUUAACGAAACUAUAAAAGAUGAAUCAUCAUUUGCAUUAUCUGAAGAUAAUUCAAUGUCAACAGUUUUAUUAUCAAAAUUGUCAGGACAUAGAAAAGCUAUAACAUGUUUAGUAUUUUCUUUUUCGGAAGACAAAAUAAUAUCAUCCUCUAUUGAUAGAACAAUAAAAAUAUGGGAAGUAAGUACAGGAUUUUUAUUAAAAGUAUUUUCAGAUUCAUCUGCAACCUUAUCUGUAUUAUUAUUUCCAACAAACCUGGAUAUAUUUUUAUGUUCAAAUUGUACAUCUCUUUUACGAAUAGUUAAUUUAAAUAGUGGACAAGUUUAUCAAAAGAUUAAAGUUGAAAGUGAAAUAAGAGCAUUAGAAAUGGAUUAUACUUGUUUAAAUAUAUUUGCUGGGUCUAAAAAUGGAACUAUAUAUUUAUUAGAAUGCUUAUAUAAUGAACGAGUAGAAAUAAAAUUCCGAUUUCUUUUUUCAUUAUUACCAAUUACUUGUAUUAAGUUUGUUCCAAGAAAAUAUAUUCACACCCCACCAACUAUUAUUGUCAAUUCUUGUGAUAAUCAUAUUGGAAUAAUCGAAUGUAUGUAUGGAAACAAAGGAAUUAUAACAAACUUAUCUGUUAAACAUAGAAUAAGAAUAAAUCAUGCUCUUUUACCAAUUAGAAGUUGUUAUACUAAAUUUGGUGGUGGAUGGCUUGUUUCAGGAUCAGAAGAUGGUAACAUUUAUGUUUGUUCUUUGCUUCCACAAUCCAAUUAUAAACUCAUCCUUUUGAAGCAUCACAAGGCGCCAGUCAUGUCAGUUGUGGUGAACGACAUAGACACAUUAAUGAUCUCAGGAGAUUCAAAGGGAAAUAUAGUUUUUUGGAGAAGAUCACUGAUAUAA